ACGAAUCAGAGAAGGAAGACUUGGCAUUAAAGCUCGCUCGCUCGAGAAGGAAGAGGAGCAAUGGCGAAUACGCAGACUUACGGCUUCCCGAUCUACGCCGCAGACUGGAUCCCGGAAGAAACCGUUAGAUCGAAAAUCGACAAGGAUAAGGAGAAUUCCAAAGAUGGCAGCGAGUCGUCGUCGUCGUCGUCGUCCCGGAGCUGCAUCGUGUUGGCCGGCGGAGGAGGAGAGGGGCGAAGCGGGAUCCCUAACGUCAUAGUAAUCUGUCGUGUUGAUCUCGAAUCCAAUUCUCUCUCGGAACAACCUGUGGGUAGGGUUGUGGUCACUGGUGGUCUUCCUUAUAGAAUGGCUGUUCAUCCUUCGGAAGGGAUUCUUAUCUGUGCAUUGCCAGAGAGUUGCAAACGGUUUGAUUUGGAAAACAUUAUGAGGCCAAGAGAGGGUGUUGAGUUAGAGGAAGUGGUUAACGAGUUAGAAGAUGUUGGACUACAGUUAGCUCUGGCGUUUAAUCAGGAGGGCUCUGUGCUUGCUGCUGGUGGGGAGGAUGGAACUUCGAGGAUUUUUGAAUGGCCUAGUAUGAAAACGUUACUUAAUGAAUCCAAGGCGCAUGCAGAAGUUAAAAACCUAACUUUCAGUGAAAGUGGUAAGUUUCUUGUAUCGCUUGGAGGUCCACUUUGUCGGGUUUGGGACGUAAAUGCUUCUACUGCCGUUGCUAGUCUCUCAAAAGAGAAGGACGAGAUGUUUGCCUCCUGCAGAUUCUCCGUCGACAAUGCAGGCAAUGAAGUUCUAUACAUUGCUGCAAAAACCGAACGUGGUGGAAGUAUCAUAACAUGGGAUACAACAUCAUGGAAAAGAAGACAUUCAAAGCUUUUGAAAAACUACUCUAUAUCGGCCUUUAAUGUCUCACCUGAUGGCAGAUUUCUUGCAUUCGGAACCCUCGAAGGAGAUGUUUUGAUAAUUAGUUCAACAAAAAUGAAGACUCAUCAAUUCGUUAAGAAAGCUCAUCUCGGUUUGGUCACCGCACUGACUUUCUCCCCUGAUUCAAGGUGUUUAGUGUCAGUAUCUAUUGACUCAAGGGCAAAGCUAACCGUCAUUGAACAGAAGGCUGAAACAAAUGGAAUAGACUGGCCGGUGGUGGUUUUGAUGUUUGUGUUGCUAUUAGUGGUUUCUUAUUAUUUCUUGAUGGUAAAGGGGAUCAUAGGUGAAGAAUAGCCUCUCUAAGUGACCCCACGAGACGAUACAUCCGAAAGCCUUGAAACCAACAUAUGCUCUUGCGUUUGUGUUAUGAGAAAAAAAUGCGAAACUUGAAUGCUUUUAUAUAUCAUAGAAAUAGAAAUGUAAACUAACAUUGUAAGAGAGGCAGUAAACUACGAUAUUAUGAAUGAACAAGAUGAUUUGAAGAAAA